AUGUCAUCCAUUCCCACGCGUCCACUAGGCAGGAAUGGCCCACAGGUCCCACGCAUAGGCUUCGGCGCCAUGGGCCUCUCGAUCGGAUACGGCAAGCCCAUGCCCGACGAGCAAAGACUCGCACUACUGGACCAUGCGCACCAAAUUGGUGAAACAUUCUGGGAUACCAGCGAUUUCUAUGGCGACUCAGAAGACCUCAUAGGAAAAUGGUUCGCCAAGAGCGGCAAACGCUCAGACAUCUUCCUCGCCACUAAAUUCGGCGGCGUGCCACUUGGAGAUGGGGGUUUUGGCUUCCGCGGUGACAUCGAACACGUCAAAGAGGCAUGUGAGAAGAGCCUCAAGCGCCUAGGUACCGACUACAUCGACCUUUGGUACCCGCACCGACUCGAUGGAAGCACGCCUAUCGAGCAUAUCGUGGCUGAGAUGGUGAAGAUUAAGGAACAGGGAAAAAUUCGCUACCUUGGUUUGUGCGAAGUCUCUGCGGCUACCUUGCGGCGCGCACAUGCUGUUCAUCCUAUCUCUGCUGUGCAAGUGGAAUAUAGUCCCUUCACAACAGAUAUCGAGGACGCGCAAAACGGUCUUCUAGCCACAUGUCGCGAGCUCGGCGUCGUAGUCGUGGGUUAUGCACCGCUCUCACGUGGUUUGCUGAGUGGACGCAUCAAGAGCCCUUCUGACUUCGGACCUGACGAUGUCCGCCGACUGUACCCGCGUUUUUCGCCAGAGAAUUUCCCCAAGAACAUGACUUUGGUCGACGAGCUGAAGGCCGUGGCGGAUGGGAAGGGAUGCACGGCCGCGCAGUUGACGCUGGCGUGGUUGUUGAGCCAAGGUGAUGAUAUCUUUUUGAUUCCAGGUACUACGAGAAACACGGCUUUAGAAGAGAACUGCGCCGCGGCUAAUGUAGAGCUCUCGACUGAAGAAGUCGCGCGAAUUCGGUCCCUUGUUGACGCGGCGUCAUGCCAUGGCACUCGCUACUCAGCCGAACAUGGAUUUGCCUUGUUCGCUGAUACGCCGCUGCCUGAAGACUACGCGAGAGGCAAGGCCAGCCGUCCGGUAAUUACUGGAGCUUUGUAUGAGUAUGAGUCGAAGUAAGCGGUCGGAAUGUGCAUGGUAAACUGGGGGAUCCUUGGAUUCUCCGGACUUCGGGGUUGAGUUUUGCUCUCGGAGUUUCACUAUAGAACACUGCAUUAUCUAUCUCGCUACUCCGACUUGGCGUGAAGUUUUGUGGAAAAAGUGGCUGAGACGUACAUCUAGAUGUGUAUGAUCUUGUGUUAUAUUCC